AUGCUCCGUUACGAAAGACUCGGUUCAAGCAGUUCCAAUAACAUUAGCAAUACCCACCGACUUGCUGAGAUCCAGUUGUUAGCAUCGACACAGACUAUGAAUUCGCAGGAGAAGGAUGCCUCUUCCGUGGCCACAUUUAACGAAACCAACAUCCACGCGAGCGAGUCCUCGUCGACAGCCAUGAAAAAGAGCGAAAAGGGUCACGAUCACUUUCUGACGCCCGAUGAUGUCUAUUCGGAGCCCGACGCGGGCCUGGUGGCAGAAGUGCAACGAGGAUUGAAAGCCAGACACGUUGCCCUACUUACAAUUGGAGGAACCAUUGGAACGGGGUUGUUUAUAUCCACAGGUAGAAUGCUUGCUGACUCGGGGCCCGUCUUGUCUCUUAUCAGUUUUGCGUUCAUGACGACCAUAUCACUAAGCGUCACUCAAUCCCUAGGAGAAAUGGCCACUUUGAUCCCGCUCCUGGGUUCGUUUGCCCAGUUUGUCACCAGGUGGGUGCUGCGUUCCUUGGGCGCCGCCAACGGUUACAUGUAUUGGUUCUCAUGGGCCAUCACAUACGCUCUCGAGCUUUCCAUAGUGGGACAAGUGGUUGAGUUCUGGACCGAUGCCGUUCCCCUUGCCGCUUGGAUCUCGAUCUUUUUUGUUAUCAUCCCCAUCUUUAACUAUUUCCCCGUUAAGUACUACGGUGAAGUUGAAUUUUGGAUUGCGCUGAUCAAAGUGGUUGCCAUUGUCGGCUGGUUGAUUUAUGCAUUGUGCAUGGUGUGCGGUGCCGGCGAACAGGGACCAGUGGGGUUCAGAUACUGGAGAAACGGGUACGCUUGGGGCCCGGGAAUCUUGGUCCAGGAUAAGGCUACUUCGAGAUUCCUUGCCUGGGUCUCGAGUCUUAUCAACUCUGCUUUUACGUUCCAAGGUACCGAGUUGAUUGGUGUCACCUGUGGAGAAUGUACGAAUCCAAGGAAAACCGUGCCCAAGGCCAUUCGAUCGAUUCUUUUGCGAAUCUUGGUGUUUUACGUGCUUUGCAUGUUCUUUAUGGGUUUGCUCGUGCCAUACAAUGACCCCAAAUUGAGCGAUGGAAACUAUACCAGCACUUCGCCAUUCAUCGUGGCUAUGCAAAAUAGCGGCACCAAAGUGCUUCCGCACAUUUUCAACGCCGUGAUCUUGACAACCAUUAUUAGUGCCGCCAACUCCAACGUCUACACCGGCUCGAGAAUCCUUUACGGAUUAGCCGAGGCGGGCGUGGCCCCCAAGUUCUUCAUGAAGGUCAACCGCGGGGGCGUUCCAUACAUCUCAGUGACAAUCACAGCUGCGUUUGGUGCGUUGGGCUACUUGGCCGUCUCGGAAGGAGGCGCUAACGCGUUCAACUGGUUGUUGAACAUCACCGCCACCGCCGGUUUGAUCUGCUGGGGAUUCAUCUCCGUGUCGCAUAUCAGAUUCAUGCAAGUGUUGAAGAAGCGCGGCAUCAGCAGAGACUCGUUGCCCUACAAGGCCAUGUUUAUGCCCUACGCCGCAUACUAUGCAUGCUUCUUUAUCUUUUUAAUCACGUUGAUCCAGGGUUUCAGUGCAUUCUUUGGCUUUGACGUGAGUGCGUUCUUCACCGCGUACGUCUCGUUGAUUUUGUUUGUUGUGUUGUGGAUCGGGUUCCAGUUGUUGUUCCAUGGGUUCAGUCUCAAGUGGAGCGACUACUUGGUGCCUUUGGAUGACUGUGACAUUGACACCGGAGUAAGGGAAAUCGACGAAUUGGACUAUGAGGAAGAGGAAAAGCCAAAGAGCCUUUGGGGCAAAAUUCUUGACUUCGUAUCGUGA